GAUCACAUGAUCCUUCAGAAAUCAUUUUAAUUUGCUGAUUUAUUAUUAAUGUUGGAAACUUUUGUGCUGCAAUACAUUUUAUAACCUGUGAUACUUUCAGGAUUCUGAUUAAUACAAAGUUAUAAAGGAAGAAUGUUUAUUUAAAAUAAAGCUUUUGACUGACACCAUCAGAAAAGGAACGCAUAACUUUUCAGAUUUUGAUGAAAGAUUACCAUGGCAAACAAUUUUUUUUUUUUCUGUGUAUUAACGGAUUAAUUGUUCACUACAAGAUUAGUAAUAUGCGCUAACAAAGUAAAUAGGGUCAAUUUUGAUUUCAUGCCGACUUUGAAAUAGAAAACCAUUGUUUAAAAUUGUGAUAAUAUUUGGUAAUAUUACUGUUUUUUUUUCUAUUUUUGAUCAAAUAAAUGCAGCCUUGGAAUAUUGGCAUACCAAUAUGCCAAACUUUGAUCUCAUUAUUUUAUUUAACUUUUGUUUGUAGGAAUGUGCACAGCAGCUAGACUUGCAAAAGCUUCUAUCUGUUUCUAUGGAUGGUCCAAAUGUAAAUUGGAAGUUUUUAGAACUGCUGCAACAAGAGCAUCGUGAGCAGUUUGGUGGCACACAGCUAAUUGUGGUGGGGAGCUGUGGCCUCCACACCCUACAUAACGCCUGCAAACAUGGUUUCUCCAUUUGGAAGCUAGAGAAGGUUCUGAGGGCCUUGCACAUACUCUUCCACAAUGCGCCAGCUAGGAGGGAGGAUUUCACUGCUCUGACCAAAUGCACAAAAUUUCCACUUCCGUUCUGUGGAAACAGGUGGCUCGAAAAUCUACCAGUCGUGGAGAGAGCUUUGGAAUUCUGGCCAUCAGUGACCAUGUACAUGGAUGCAGUCAGGAAAAAGAAGCUACCAAAUCCGGGAACCACAUCGUAUGACACUCUUGAAGUUGCUGAAAAAGACCCUCUUAUUCUGGCGAAGCUACAUUUCUACAUGGCUAUCACAAGGACCUUCAGUCCUUUUCUUACCUUCUAUCAAACGGAUGUACUAGUGAUUCCGUUCCUUGCCAAAGACUUGGCUGAGCUGAUGAAGAGUAUGCUGAGGCGUUUUGUCAAGAAAGAGGUACUCAAGGAUAUCAGUUCACUGCAGCUGGUCAGGCUGGAUGUCAGUGACAAACAGAGCUGGGUCAACCUAAAGGAAGUAAACAUGGGAUUGGGUGCAGAAUCACUCCUUAAGGUGAUGUUAUAAUCCAGCAAUUCAAUGAAUUUUUAUCUGUUGAAAAUGAGAGCUUAUUCUCAUACAAACCAACAGAAACCAGGCUAGACAUAUUCCUGCAUGGAGUUCUUGGGCAGCGCGAUGAGUUAUGGAGCUUUGCAAGAAACUGCUUCUCCUGUCCCAUGGGCAGGCAACAGUGGAGAGAGGAUUCUCCAUUAAUAAAGAAGUGGAGACCUGCAAUAUGCAGGAGGAGACAAUGGUCAGUCAUCGACUAAUAUGUGAUUGUCAGCAUCUGUGGGGGGCUCCUCAAUGUCCCUAUCUCAAAGGAGUUACUGGCCUCUGCUGCAUCUGCUAGAUCAAGAUACAGAAUGCACCUUGAUCAGCAGAAAAAAAUCCAAAUCACUGAUGUCCAGGCACAGAAGCGCAAAGCUUUGGAAGACGACAUCGAGGACCUGAAAAAAAAGAAGAGAAUUCUGGUCCAGGUAUCUUCGAGCCUGCAGAAGGAUGCUGAGCAGCUUGCAGAAGAAGCUGAGGGAAAAGCUGGCACCUUGAUGGCACAGCUCAUUACAAAAUCCAACACACUGAGGAAGCGAUAUAAAGAAAAAACAAAUGAAUUACAGCAAAUUGAGACAGAGUUGGAUACAAAGGGCAAAGAACUGAGAUCUAUACAGUAAAAACCCAAUGUUCAGAUUAUUGGCAUGCAGUGUACAUGCCUCAUGUUACUGCUGUGCAGUUUGUUUGAAAUCUUUGUAGGCUGUCGAUGUUCUGCCUAAUGUUUAGUCAGUCUUUGCACUAUGUUUUGCAAUUUAUUGUUCUUUCACGCCUUCAAUAUGUCAAUAAACAAUGUGUGUUAAGGAUCGUAAUUGGUGGUAUUGUUUGCAAAUUUGUUGAUAUGAAAUUGGUCUUAAAUUUAAUUCUGCAUGGUAUUAAAAAGGUCUUAAAAAGUCUU